CCAGCGGUGAAAGCGGCGUAGAAUUACAUCGUCACCCAUCUCCCCGGACCCACACUUUGCCUGUUGGGCUAGCUGGUGUGGGGUCCCUUCCCUGGAUUUGGAGGAGCAAGGUAAAGAAGAAGAGAGGCCAAAUCCAAUUUUGAAGAGUACAAAUUGGAGUGGAGUGUUGCAGACACUGCACUGCACUCUGCACAUAUAUAUAAUAUUAUAUAAUUAUAAUAUAGUGCUGUUGUUGUUGUUGUUCUAUCUUAUACUGUUCUGUUCUGUUCUCUCUCAUGGAGGAAACAGUUGCCUCUCUUCUUCUCUAACAACCCUACCUGAAAGGGUAAAGUGAAGAAAAUAAAGAAAGGUUUGGUUUUGUUUUGGGUGUUUUAAUUUUGAAAUAAAAAUAGAAAAUGGGGCUGAUGCUUGGGACCAGAUCACCACCUCUCAAGGCUACUGGAACUGGCGUCUCUGCUCGAUUGGUUUCCUUCUUCUGCAUUGCCAGCUUCUUCUUUGGAGUCCUUGUUGUCAACAGGUUUUGGGCUGUUCCAGAGCCAGUCAAAAUAGAUGAGACUUUAUCUGAGGGAAAACAGCUAUCAAGAGACCUUCAACCUGUUAUUAAUUGUGAGAAGAAGGAGGCUAUGGUUGAGCCAGGGAACAUCCUUUCUCAAGUUUCACAAACACAUGACGUAAUCAUGACAUUGGACAAAACAAUCUCUUCUUUAGAGAUGCAGCUUGCCAUGGCUAGAGCUGCCAAAGCUGACAAUGAGGAGGGGUCUCCAGUGAUUAUGAAACCGGACACUGAGCAGUCAAACAAGCGACCAAAAGUUUUCUUUGUUAUGGGAAUUAUUACUGCAUUCAGUAGCAGAAAACGUAGGGAUUCGAUAAGAGAAACUUGGAUGCCUCAAGGAGAUGAUUUAAAGAAGCUAGAGAAAGAGAAGGGAAUAGUAAUUCGGUUUGUUAUAGGACACAGUGCAACCCCUGGUGGCGUUUUGGAUCGUGCUAUUGAGGCUGAAGAGAGGCAACAUCAGGAUUUUUUGCGGCUGAACCAUGUGGAAGGAUAUCAUGAAUUGUCCUCAAAAACCCAAAUAUACUUUUCAACAGCUGCUGCAAAGUGGGAUGCUGACUUCUAUAUUAAGGUUGACGAUGAUGUGCAUGUCAAUCUAGGUAUGGUCGGUUCUGCUUUAGCCCGCCAUCGGUCAAAAUCUCGAGUUUAUAUUGGCUGCAUGAAGUCUGGACCCGUCUUGGCACAAAAAGGGGUCAAGUACCAUGAACCAGAAUAUUGGAAAUUUGGUGAGGAGGGAAAUAAAUAUUUUAGGCAUGCAACUGGACAAAUUUAUGCAAUAUCCAAAGACUUAGCGACCUAUAUUUCAGUAAAUAGACACAUACUUCAUAGGUAUGCAAAUGAAGAUGUCUCUUUGGGUUCCUGGUUUAUUGGUCUUGAUGUUGAGCAUAUUGAUGACCGAAGCCUUUGCUGUGGGACUCCUCCUGAUUGUGAAUGGAAAGCUCAAGCUGGGAAUCCUUGUGCUGCGUCUUUUGAUUGGAGCUGCAGUGGUGUAUGCAAAUCCGUGGAGAGAAUGGAGGAGGUUCACCAACGUUGUGGGGAAGGUGAUGGAGCUAUCUGGCACACAAGUUUCUGAAACAUUUCCUCUCCGUAAUUACUUGUAUCAUAUCUGUGCAUGUGUAAUGAUUGGAAGGUUCAGACAACAUCUGCCCGAUUUUUGCUUAUUGAUAUCUCGGGACAGUUGAUGUACUGUUAAUUUAAUUACUGCACCUAAAUGAGGGAAAAUUAUGAAAUUUUAGUUCUUGCUUAGUCUUAGCCCCUAAAAAAACAGGAACUUUUAUUUGGUGUAGUUCAAACUCCAAAAAA